AUCUCGUAUGAAACCUGUUGAGGUAAUGCUUCCGAACUGGCGGGCACUCAUGAUUUAUUAUUAUUGUCAUAUAUAUUUUUUGUUUUCUCUUUCUCGACUAUUUUUCACCUUGAAACACCGAAGGCUGUUCGCAGCCGGUGUGCACGUACAGCUAUUUUUAUAACGCAACCGGUGCUCCCCUCAUCUGCAUUCAGAUUAAUUGGUUGUAUCAGUGGUGGUAAAUUGUGUCUGUGAAUUGUGGAAUAUUUAAUUAGUCUCGAUCAUAAUCAAAAUAGCCUUUGUUUUUGCACGUUUUAUAUGCAAUUCUUGGAUCAAAGUGUUUAUGGAUUGACUGGGAGUUUAUUUUUCACUGGUGUUUGCCAGUGAGUGGGUGAAUUUUACAGUUAAAUACGUGAAUCGCAUUUUGUUUAUUACUGCGAUUGAAAUUAAUUCACCAAUUUCGAUUGGUCGGCUUGUUAUUUUUAUUAGCAACUGCUUUGUGGUCAGGUUGAUGAGCUGAUGCGGAACGACAGGGGGAUAUCAUCAGAAAGACUUCAGACAGUGGGAUGAGUGGUGCAGUAUCCAUGUAUGAUGGAUUGGAACCAGAGACAGGGAGUAACAAUGUCACCCUGGCGCCAGGUGGUGCGACGAAGAAAUUGGCACGAGGUAUAUCUCGUGCCACUGAGAAUGCUGCCAUCGUAUCCCAUGCUAGGACACAGCUGGUGUCAUUUGGGACUGUAGAUACACCUGAGUUUACGUUUUCCUUGCCAGAUUUGUCGGUUUACCCUGAUUCCUUCCGUCAAUUCCUGGAAAAAGAUUUGAUAGAGGGGGGCUGCUUGACGUCCUUGGAGAAUGCAGGGAGAUUGAAUUGGUGGUGUGGUGGUAAGAACAGUGGUACACGUGUACUGUGGCCAUUGGCAACAACCGGGGAUGGAAAUUGUCUUCUCCACGCAGCUUCUUUGGGCAUGUGGGGCUUUCACGAUCGAUUGUUGACCCUGAGGGAUGCACUUCACAAUACAUUGUCGAAGGGUGAAUACAGAGAUGUACUCUUUAGAAGAUGGAGAUGGAGGCAGAUGGGUUUGAAUGCAGCCGCUGGCCUGUCUUAUACGGAAACUGAAUGGUUAACCGAGUGGCAGGGUAUUGUGGAAAUGGCAUCGGCGAAUCCACGAGGCCAGACGGCGACGUCUUAUCAGAGUCUCGAAGAGGUUCAUGUUCUGGCAUUGGCGCAUGUACUACGCAGACCAAUUAUUGUCAUUGCUGAGACUAUGCUGCGUGAUUCCGAAGGUGUGGCCUUGGCACCAAUACCGUUUGGUGGGGUUUACCUACCGCUGGAAGUUACACCGGAAAAGUGUCAUCGUACACCGCUACUACUUGCUUACCAUUCGGCUCAUUUUUCUCCACUGGUAACCGUCGAUGGGGGUAAUGAUUUUGGCGAUGGGGGUGGAUCGGUUGAAGGGGUUAGCAUACCACUUGUUGAUCCGGACACGGGACAACUGCUGCCUGUUUUAUUCGCCGUCGAUCCUGGCCCCGAUUGGGACUGGAGCGUCAGCUCACAGGAUCUCUUACCUUGUCGACAGGAUACGAUGGAAAUUCUUAUUAGAGAUUAUUUAGACUGUGAAUAUCAGACAUUAACCUCAGAGGAUUUAGAGAGACUCUCAGAGACGGACGGAUCGAGCUCCAAUAAGAGUAGAACAGCUAGACAGCUCUUGGGUGUUGCUAAGCAAUUUGGAUCAAUUGGAAAGUCUGUGAGCAAAAGACUGUGGUCAAUGGCUAAGAGGCCAAAGAGCCCACCGGCAUCAUCCACUGGUGCUAUAACGGAGGGUGUAUUGUGUGUGAGAUUGAAGAGUCGACGCCAUCAGUACGUGGAUCAAAUGCUCCAGAAUUAUCUCCAAUGUGCCCACUCAAGAUACUUGGAGACACAUCAGAAUGACGCCUCGGGGACUGAAAUGAAUUACGGGGCGGGUAAAUCCAAGUUUUACGCUGCCAGCGAUAGUGGUAGUCACGCCAGUGUCAGUAAACUUCAGCCAAAAAAUACAAGUAGAGAUCGUACCCUAUAUCUCUCCAGGUCAACAUUUUAUAAUAACGAAAUAACACCGGAGGACGCGGAGACACCGGAGGGAUGGAGAAACGUUGAUGUGCACGAUAGUGUACCACGUGAGUGUCGCAGUGAGCAUUGCCAAUUUUUUGGUUCACCAGAAAAUCAAUACUACUGUUCGCAGUGCUGGGCAAGUCGUAGACAACGAUGAUGAGUCUGUGUAAAUUCAUUAUUUCCUCUCCCACGGUGACCCCAUGACAAUAACCCAACUAUUUAUUUUGCCAACGUUAUUGAAUAAGUCUGUCCAGUCCCCGCGAGUCCCAGGUGAUUAAAAAAAAUAUUAUUACAUAAUAGAAGCAUGAGGAUGUAUAAAUUUUAAUGAGAUUCUCAGAGUUAAUUAAUCGUAAAGAGUUAACUAUUGAUUAUUUGUUCAGCAACGAAUUGCGUUGCCUUUUCACGUUUGAGCUUAAAUGCUAUUUCCAGUGAUUUAGCUUUAAUUUGUUAACAAUUUUGGGUAGGUGAUUCAUUAGGUUUAUAGAAUUUUAGGAGAGGUUUAUCAAUCGAGCUCGACGUGUUCAAACUACGGACGUAACCCACUGAUAUUCAUAAACCAGAGAUAAAUAGUAGUUUAGAAUUACUUGUUUAAUUAUCAGUUUCUAGUGGGUAUCGGUCUAAGUGUCCAGGGGAUGAUUCAGAUUGAAAUAUUUGAGGUAUAGAGUAUUUAAUGCCUGGGGACAAUCAAUUGAGACUUGAAUAAUAUUAUGCACUGGUAGAUUUCCAGUUUCGCGAGGAUAAUUUUUUUUUUAAUGCAAGACAUAAUAGCAGGGAUUUUUACUGAAACUUUUCAAUUCGUAGAAUUUAAUAAAAAAGUAUACACAACGUUUUCUGUUGAACUUUAUAUCCUCAGAUGAGAGAUAAAGUGAAAUAGAGUGGAAAACCCAAGAAAUCCCACUCUAUUUAAGGAAAAUGGAAAACCUAGUCAGUGGUUCUCAAUUAAAUUCUUAUAUCCAACCGGAUCAAAGGAGAAUUAAAAAUUUUCAGUAAAAACCCUCAGCAAAUUCGAUAGUUACUCUUCUGCUAUUUUGGAAAAUUCUCCCUCAUCAAUUUUUCAAUUUUUUAUUUGAUCCCUUUAUAGUCCUCUUCUUUUUACCGUAAUACAAUCCUUUUUCCUUUUUUGUUCUUCCUCCAAUUUUAUUAUCAAAAUUCCUCUCCUCCCGGAUAUUUAAACUGAUAAUCAUUUUGAGUCUCGACAAAAAAAUGAAAUUAAUGUUACGAUUAAACACGUUGAUAUGUGCCUUGUUUUUUCGUAUAAAAACCAAUAUUGAAGACAAAGAAAAAUACUCGAACGUCGAAAUGACCCAAACAUCACAUAUAUAUUUUUUUAAAAGCUCUCGCUGUGAAAAUUCAAUUUCUUUGAAUCAACUCUUUACUUCACAAUGAUUUUUUGUUCUACUUUACGUCAAUUAUGACAUUGUCUCUGCCGAAUUAGUCUGACCCAUUUGUCGACCUUCGAAUUAGACGAUAAUUAAUGAUUAAUUGAUAAAUUGAUGAUAUCGACUCUCAACGAAAAUGUUAUAUCAAUAAUUUUUCGUUAACUAUUUGCUUGAAAAAUUUAAUCAUUAAAAAUGCAAAUGAUUAAGAUUAUUCUGUCAACCUGUGUGAAUAAAAUGUGAAAAUAUUUUUUUAACAA